GAUAAUAUUAAAAAAGAAAAAAAACAAUUAAAAUCUACAGAUGUAAAUAAAAUAAUUAAUCUUAAAAAAGAUUUACAGGGUAGAUUUAGAAAUACAGUUGUAAAACAAAAACAUGUAAUUGAAGAACAACAAAAAAAGUUUGGACCAAUAAUAAACGCAUUAACAAAUGUUAAUACAACAAUGAAUGCAGUUAAAGAUGUUGCUAUUAAAACUGAAGGAGACAUUCAAAAAUUAAAUAAACCCUAUUAUUAUCAACCUAGAAAUCCAGAAUUAAAAAGAUUAACAAGUUCAGAAGAGACUUUUGGAACUCCAAAAUAUUCUAGUCAAAAAUCAACAAGUAAUUCUCCAUUACCUAAAAAUGUUAUAAACUUAGGUGCUAUUUCGACAAGAUAUUUACCAACUGUAAAAGAUACUAAUUCUUUUGGAAUAUAUUAUAAUAAAGAAGAUGAUAUUCAUAUGAUUGGAAAAGAUAAAAUAAAUUUUGAAAAUGAUAAUAUAAUUUUAAAUGGAAAAACAUAUACAGGAACUCUAGGUUUGUGGAGAUUAUUAACUCAUGUAGAUACUACCAAUCCGAAAUUUUAUACAGAUGAUGAUUUUAAUAUUUAUAAAAAUAUAUUAAUUGAAACUAAUUCUAUAUAUCAAAACAAUGAUCCUUCAACGAAAAGAGCUAAAUCAAGUCGUGGUGAAAAAUAUAAUGAUAUGAUUAAAAACAUUUGGAGAGAAAUGAAUGGAAUUAAAACGAAUGAAAAUGAUGAAGAAACUACGGAUAAUAAAAAGAAAGAAACUACUGAUAAUAAAAAAAAUAAUAAAAAAAUUAAUAAAAAGAAAGAAAAUAAUGAUGAUAAUGAAAUUAGACAACCAGUUCAAAAAAUAAAAAAUAAAAAAAUUAAAAACACUAUGAAAGCUAAACCAAAAAAACAGAAAUUAAUAAUGGUCAACACAAGCGAUCAAAAUUCAGAUGAUGAAGAAAUUGAUUUAUGUACACCGGAACUUUAUAAUCAUCGGAAAAAUGGGCAAAUGCAGAAUUCUAAAAAACCUGAAACCGUUAUAAAACCUAAACCAAAAAAACAGAAAUUUCAGUCGCAUUUAUUAAAACUGGAACAAGAAUAUAACGGUUUAACAACUAUGGUCAAUGAAAACUGCAUACGCGUAAAAAAAUCAGAUGGUGGAAAUUUUUGUAUCAAAAUUCCCGAAAUGAAAACAGCAAGUGAUUAUUUGGUUAUUCAAAAAUACAAAACUUCGGACAUGGAAAAAGUAGAGUCAAAAGACAGAUGGAAAACCUCAACGUUCAACGCAAAAACUAUGGUGAACAAAAAAGAUAAAGCUGACAAUACUAUAAUAUCAGCAUUUAAUAAUUUACAAGAUUUAUUAAUGGAUAAAUGUAUGUGUAACAACAAAAAAAAAUUGAAUCUUAUAAAUAAUAACUAUAUGUUUAUAUUAUUAUAG